GUGACGAGCUCCGCCCCGGAAGCACACGCGGUGGGGGUUGUAGGUGGCGGCGGGGGCGCGAUGGCGGCGGCGGCCGUGCCCGAGGCCUGGCCCGAGCUGGAGCUGGCGGAGCGCGAGCGGCGGCGGGAGCUGCUGCUGACAGGGCCCGGGCUGGAGGAGCGGGUGCGGGCGGCGGGCGGGCGGCUGCCGCCGCGGCUCUUCACGCUGCCGCUGCUGCACUACCUGGAGGUCAGCGGCUGCGGGAGCCUGCGCGCGCCGGGGCCGGGCCUGGCGCAGGGCCUGCCGCAGCUGCACAGCCUCGUGCUGCGGCGCAACGCGCUGGGGCCCGGCCUGAGCCCCGAGCUGGGCCCGCUGCCCGCCCUGCGGGUCCUCGACCUGUCGGGGAACGCGCUGGAGGCGCUGCCGCCGGGCCAGGGCCUGGGCCCCGCCGAGCCGCCGGGCCUCCCGCAGCUGCAGAGCCUCAACCUCAGCGGCAACCGGCUGCGCGAGCUGCCCGCCGACCUGGCGCGCUGCGCCCCGCGCCUGCAGAGCCUCAACCUCACCGGCAACUGCCUGGACUCCUUCCCCGCCGAGCUCUUCCUCCCCGGCGCGCUGCCCCUGCUCAGCGAGUUAGCUGCCGCCGACAAUUGUCUCCGGGAGCUCAGCCCCGACAUCGCCCACCUGGCCUCGCUCAAGACGCUGGACCUUUCCAAUAACCAGUUAAGCGAGAUCCCCUCUGAGCUGGCGGACUGCCCCAAGCUCAAGGAGAUCAACUUCCGCGGGAACAAGCUGAGGGACAAGCGCCUGGAGAAGAUGGUCAGCGGCUGCCAGACUCGCUCCAUCCUGGAGUACCUGCGCGUGGGGGGCCGCGGGGGCGGCCGGGGCCGGGGCAGGACAGACGGCACAGACAAGGAGGAGAGCCGGAGGCGGCGGCGGGAGCGGAGGCCACGGCAGGAGAGCGGCGAGGAUGCCGAUGCGGAGGCCGCAGGCCGCCUGCUGCUCAGGGUCCUGCACGUCUCCGAGAACCCCGCGCCCCUGAUGGUCAGGGUGAGCCCCGAGGUCCGGGACGUGCGGCCCUACAUCGUGGGCGCCGUCGUGCGGGGCAUGGACCUGCAGCCCGGGAACGCUCUCCGGCGUCUCCUGGCCUCCCAGACUAAGCUCCAUGAAGAUCUUUGCGAGAAGAGGACGGUGGCAACCAUGGCAACCCACGACCUCCGCGCAGUCCGAGGGCCCCUGGUGUACGGGGCCCGGGCCCCACAGGACCUCAAGAUCAUCCCCUUGGGGCGGAGAGAAGCCAAGGCCAAGGAGCUGGUGCGGCAGCUGCAGCUAGAGGCCGAUGAGCAGAGGAAGCAGAAGAAGAGGCAGACAGUCUCAGGGUUGCACAGAUAUCUUCACUUACUGGAUGGAAAAGAAAAUUACCCGUGUCUUGUGGACGCGGAUGGUGAUGUGAUUUCUUUCCCGCCCAUAACAAACAGUGAGAAGACAAAGAUUAAGAAAACCACUUCUGACUUGUUUCUGGAAGUAACAAGUGCCACCAGUCUGCAGAUCUGUAAAGAGGUCAUGGACGCUCUCAUUCUGAAAAUGGCAGAAAUGAACAAAUACACUUUAGAAAAUAAAGAGGAAGGAUCACUCUCAGAUGCUGAAGGUGAUGCAAUGUCUGGACAACUUUCUGAUCCCAAAAUGAAUCCAGCUGCUGGGAAGGAUGGACAUAGCCCGCUGGUGGUGGAGCAGGUGCGGGUGGUGGACCUGGAGGGGACCUUGAAGGUGGUGUACCCCUCUAAGGCCGAUCUGGCCACCGCCCCGCCCCAUGUGACUGUGAUCCGCUGACGGGCCAGCUCUGGCUGUCAGGCCGGCAAGCUGCCUGUUUGCCUGUUUCAGAGAGGCUUAUCUGUGCUGAUACUAAGUUAUUCAUUACAUUUUCACCUCAGCAUUUUUUAAGAUAAAUGUAUUCUUUGUUCAGUUUUUCCAGAUGAUUCUCUUGUAAAGUGAUGCAAUGUUGUCAUUACAACACCAAACUGAUUUUAUUGUGUUUUUUGAAAUUAUUCACAUAUGUGAACUAAUUUGUUCAAAAUACUCUAAAUCAUGUAAACAUACAGCAAAUGACAGGAAAAAGACACUACAAUUGGUUUGAAUAUCCCAUCCUAAAUUGGGAAGCAGAGCUACGUGCAUUUUAUGGAACUGCACAAUUAUUUUUCUAUGAUGUAGCAUCUUUUUAAACUAUAUUGUGCCAGUGGUGCAGCUUAGAAAUGUGCAAGGCCACCAUGUUUAACAGUUUGCAGUGAUCAUAAUCUUUGUUAAAAAAAAAUUUUUUUUUUAAUCAUUUCUUAUUUUUGGUGGCCGGCCAGUACUGGGAUCCGAACCCAUGACCUUGGAGUCAUAAAGCUCUGCUCUAACCAACUGAGCCAACUGGCCAGCCAAAAAAAAAAUUUUUUUUUAAUGUGACCUUAGAAUUGGCAAAAUUAUUUUUCUUAAUAUUGCUGUUGGAGUGCUAUAGGGGAGUAGGGAUGUAUAUAGAACCUUCCAGGCAAGCAGCCCCGCAGGUCUGAAGGCCAUGGCGGGACUUUGCUUAGGUGCCCCUGGGCUGAGAGGAGGUGAGAAUUACCAGUGGCUUUCCAUCAUCGGUGCGUUAGCAUAGCAGCACUGGGCAGGUAUCAGAGUGCCAUGUCCAGGUGAACAGGACAGCUCUAUGGAUGGACUGGCCACAGUCCUCAACCAGCAGGACAGACAGGCAGUGACUAGAGAAGGCCUAAAGUCCUUGAGUCAAAAAUCAUAAAGCGUGCCCUCCAGAUGAAUGGUUCCUCAGCAUUUAUAUUUUAGGUAUUCACAGUUUUUAAAGUCUCGGGCCACAGGCCUUCUGCGUCCGUGCGUGUAUUCGUUUGUGUGCCUGGGUCCCAGGAAUCUGGCCAGCCAGAGGCGGCCUUAUGUGACCUCGCUACCUUAGGGUCUGGCCACAACGUGAGAAGCAGCCUCAUCAGCCUUCUUUAACUUAAUGACACCACUCUUUUCUGUUCAGUGGUCUUUGACCUAAAAGGGCAGUUUUUGUGUUCUGUAGAAAUGAGCCACGACUUUCCAGAGCAUUUGCAAGAGCCCCACUAACCAAGCGUCUGCGGAGGCCCAAGGCACCACGCGGUGGGCAUACCCAAAAAGCUAGUGGCUUUUCCAGAGCCUUGUGAGACAGGGGCUGGGCUGCUUUGAGACCACGACCCAGUUAGCAACUACUGCCAGGCCUUUUGGUCAGUCCCACUGGAGGUGUGGGCUCCAGACAGGACAUGCCAGGUGACUGCCUUUCCUUGUCCUGGUCCCCAAACCUACCACAUGUGCUGGUGGCCCUGGCCUGUCAUUUCAUGACACCACGGGGCAGCUAAGGCUGCUGAUGCUAUAGCUGGCGUGGGGCCUGCCCUGUGAGGGGCUCCAGGAAGUUUCCCCAGGCCGGGACUCAGCCCAGAAUGGUGAGGGAGGGUCAAGCUGCCCUUUGUUUUCUGGUGGCUGGCUGGUACAGGGAUCGAACCCUACACCGUGCUCUCUUCUGAUGCCGCUUUACAGUGUGUGAGAUUCUGGAAAUAUACUUAGCUGACAGCAGAAAACCUCUUUGAUGUUGUCUUUGCUCAUCUGACUCUCUAAUAAAACACACUGAAUAAGAAA